CAAGUCUUGUGCAAGAUGUUACGCGCGGAAGAUCAAAUGUGAUGGGGCAAAGCCCGCGUGUUCCAAUUGUUCAAAAUCUCAGCAUGAGUGCGAGGGCCUCAACUCUGCCACAAGGACCGUCCAACCUCGAAGCAUUUUGCUCCAUCUACAGAAGCAAGUGUCGGACAAAGAACUUCUGCUUCGACAAUGCGGCCUCCCAGAUCCUGAGACUACUUCGACACUCGAUGCGUCUAGAUCCGAGCAUACCCUGGGAGUCAAGCGUCCCCGGCAAUCUCCUUUGGGGUCCCGUAUGAGUGCACCUUGGAAGUUUUCCAGGUGGGCGGAGAAGUCCUUCUACAGCUCCUUCAGCAAUGCACCGACAUCCACCACUGCCGACUUUCCCGCCGAGACGCUCAUGUCAACCCUCACUCAACCUCAGCAACAGUCGCAAGUGUCGGAUGCCGCUGGAGAUCCGUCAAACGGGCUGGAAUUUCCCAUUGACGAUCCCAGGUCUGUCCGACCGCUGAGGGACCUAAAAGCCAUUCCUGUCCACGUGGCCAACCGUCUCUUUGGGGAGUACGUCAAUCGUAUACUAUUGAUCUACCCAGCAUUUCGACCAGACGAACUUUGGUCUCUAUUCGAUGUGGUCCUUGCAGAGCCACGCGAAGCCACCGAGGCGGACGACUUCGCGUUGUACAUCGUUACCAUGGUUUUGGCCAUCUCCGUCAUGUCGAACAAAAGCUACUCGCCGCCCAAAGCUUACUCGACCAGCUUGAAGCUCUACAGAUAUGCGCUCGAGAGGCAACACAAUUUUGGCACUUCCUCUAUCCAGAAUAUACAAAGCCUCGUUCUGCUGAUUCAAUACUGUUAUCUAAUGCCGUCAGCAGGAAAUCCAGGCUUGCUUUCCAGCGCGGUGAUGAGAAUGGCUCUUGACUUGAAGCUACAUCUUGACGACCACGACGAGAACGAAGAUCACUCCGCGGGCUCAAACAUUACGGGCAGAUCCUUCACGGCAACCUCGCGGAGACUAUUGUUCUGGACUGUGUACGUCCUCGACAGGUCGGUGUCCUUCACUCUUCACCAGAGACUUGGCAUCGCUGAGCAGUUCAUCGGGGUCCAAGCACCCGGCUGCGAGGACUGCUUACAAACUCCCAACAACGAAGCCCAACAGCCACAACCGUCGGAUCGGAUUACAAGCCCCGGACGCAUCGCCAUCGAAUUUGUCCGUGUUGUCCGUCUUCGACAGCUGCAGUCAGAAAUUUUCCAGGUCAGGUUCAUGGGCCACAAAUCGAGUCGAGCCAUUACUGAAGACGAAUGGGUCGGUCUCAUAGAGAAGAGAGCAAUGGACUGGCUCCACCAGCUCAAAAACACCGGGCGUCAUGAUGGAGAAAGUCAGGAUGCUUUGGCAGGCGAUGCUGAGGGUGACGAGUAUGAACCGGGCUGGGGACUGGUCGGAUAUUACCAAGCUUUGCUUCUCCUCUACCGUCCCUGUCCAGUCGAACCCGAACCUUCAGAAGUCAAAUUGGUCAAGUGCUUUGAGGCGGCGCUCAAGUUGGGAGCAACGACAUUUGACUACUUGAAGAAAGGCCGGCUCCUCCUGCCGUGGCACGGUACCAAUCAGUGCAUGCAGGCGGCCCUGGUACUCUUAUUCGCCAUCAAACGCGCACGCCGACGUCUUGUGGAGGAAAAGGGCACUGCCGAGAUCCUCCAAUCGAUCACGCUCUUCACAACGUUGUUUGCAUUCCUCUCCCAAAGCUGGUCCGAGGCUGUCAAGUUCGGUGCAUUGUAUGAGAAGCUGCAGGGGGAAAUAGUCCGAGAACUGCUGAGACCGUGGGAUCGGCUGCCUGCACAGUCAUCGUCACUUUCAAGACCGGCGAGCCUCCGGCUUGAGACACUGAUCAUGCCUCAGCGAACUUCUGAAUACCAUAUCUUGCCGAGCUCUGAAGAAUUUCCCAGAACACAAGAGCCGGCUGGUGCCGUUGAGCCAGCGCGCCAUCGACACGAGGAUUCGACCGAGAUGCCUCUGAUCGAAGUCUCAACUCCUCGAAGAGUGGAGGAUAGGACCAACUCUGGGAAUUCGGACAUGCCGAACGGCCAAUGGAGUGGUGCCAAAUCACCAGCCGCGGCAUCAUUUGACUACGGAAGCCAUCCACUGCAAAGCAACAGUGGUGUCUCAAAUGCUUUCCCAAUUCCUGAAUCCUACCAAGGCUCCCAGCACGGCGCCGGGCAUCCGCGUGGACCACCUAACCCUCGGUCUACAAUGAGCAGGUCAACGAUAGAAAACUGGACGAGCUCACACAGCAUCACCAGCGAUCCCAAUUUUACACAUGCUGCUCAAGUGCCACACGAGCCCAACCACCACCAUCGAAGUACGACCAGUAUCUGGUCCUCUGCUUCAGACACACUCCUGGCUGUGCCAGCAGGGCUCGGCAGCGCCUAUCAAGCAUUGCCGCCUGGAGAUUACGAGACUGAGGUCCGGCAUGGGAAUGGCAUGCAUGCUUUGGCACAGAGGGAACCAUCCUUAGAUGGUUCGACCAUGCGGUACGUUCGGACCGAAGACUCCGAGAGGACGUUCGACAAUGCUUUUGGUAACGAGUUGACCUGUGUUGGUAAUGUCAACCCCCGCCUUGAGACUUCUCCCGGUCCAGAGGGACGAUUGACCGGUGACGAUGGACCGAUUCCUUUCGCACCAACCGUGGCUUCGUCAGGGUCUGUGAACAUAUUUGACUGGACGAAUGCAUUCAUUGCCGGGGCCUCUGAAAGCCCGCAAGAUCUGCUUGAAGGCGAGCUUGGCGAAUAUUCCAGCAUGUGGUUGUUGUAAUCAAGUACCAUUCCCAGAGUUUAGACUCUGGAGUUGGGAUUUCAUUCUGAAAGAGAUGAGGCGCCUGGCCCUGAACGCUGUAGGGCAAAAAUGGCUUCGUUCAAGGUACGCGCACUCGAAG